GGCAAGUGACGGAGGGCACUCUCGAAAGAGUUUCAAAAACCCUUUCACACAGCUACUUCUACUUUUCCCUCUCUGGUCUCAAUUAACCGGCGGCAAUAAGUCAAUAACGUUCCGAAAAUCCACUAAAAAAUCUCCGGCUAUAUUCUAGGGUUCCGACGACGCAUUUCCGAAACGCACAGUUUCGCUCUCUACACCGUCCUGAGUAUCGACUAAAUGGAGAGAAGAUUCGAGGAAUCCUCCUCCAUUCCUUCUCACUCCACCAUCAACGGCGGCUCCGCCUCUCUGCCUUAUCCUCCAGCACGACCUCCGAACUACACUUGUGGCCGAGUACAGGGAGCAUUGGAACUUUUGGCCUCAAUUGAUCCAAUUGAACUCUGUGAUGAAGCAAAAGUUGAGCAUUGUCGAGCAACUAGAGAUCUGAGAAGCUGUGGGCGCCAUGUACAAAGUGUGUUAAGUUCAUGUGGGCAUGCAUCUUUAUGUGAGGAAUGCAGCCAGAGAUGUGAUGUUUGCCCAAUCUGCAGGGUUCCUUUGCCAAAAGAUGGAAAUAGACUUCGGCUUCGUAUCUAUUAUGAGUGCAUAGAGGCUGGUCUUAUCUCAAAGAGGUGUGAUGACAGGUUACAGGAGAAGGAAGAUGGCGAGAAACAGCUAACUGCUGAUAUUCAACGGCUUUAUUCCUUAUUUGAUGUUGCACUCGAGAACAACUUGGUUUCUUUAAUAUGUCAUUAUGUUACAGAUGUUUGUAUGGAUGAGAGUGCAGUAUCUAGUGAUCCUGUGAUUGCCUUUUUGCUUGAUGAAGUGGUUGUGAAAGAUUGGUGCAAGAGGACUUUCAGAAACAUUCUGGCUGAAACUCAAGUGAUAUAUAAUCAUUCAGUGCAUGGAAUGGAAGAAAGCUUGAGCACACUUCUAAAGUUGUCUGUGAAAUUAUCUGGAUUGUCCAAUGUUAUUGAAGUUUUGGAAUCGUCAUUUAAACAUUCUCUUUCGGCGAAGCUUCAUGAUCUACAUCAUCUUCAAGAGUGUAUACUAAAAACAAAGCAGCACAUGGAUAUGAUGAUUUGGUGUAUACGACAUAAAUUUCUUGAGAAUGUGAGCUCUCGCUUCCAUGGUUAUGUUGCUUCAUGGAGGACUUUUGUUUGUGAAAGAAAAUCUGCUGCCAUCAAGCGUGCAUGGCCAGAUUCAGUAAAUCAUUCUGAAGAGGCAAGUGGACGCUCAACGCUUUUUAUUGAAGAUGCACUUACAAAUCUUGAAUCAGAUCUGGGUGAUACUGAUGAGGUCCAGGAAGAAUUUGAUAUUUCAUGUUUGCAAAAAGAUGGAAGAUCUUCAUUUUUACGGUUAAAAAUAGGGGGAAUGGCUGUUUGUUACCCAUUUGAAAAUUUGCGUGCCGCUACAGAUAUUCUCUUUUUACAGGGAAGUUCAGACCUAGUGGUUGCAAAACAAGCAAUUUUUUUGUAUUAUAUUUUUGACCGGCAGUGGACUGUACCUGACGAGGAUUGGAGAUACAUUAUUGACGACUUUGCUACUACAUUUUGUGUUUCAAGGCACUCCAUAUUGGAAUCCCUUGUAUUUUUUCUGUUGGAUGACCACAGUGAUGAAGCUUUGCAGGAAGCUUGCCGUCUUCUCCCAGAAAUCUCAAGUCCCACAAUCCAUCCUAAAGUAGCUCAGGUUCUGUUAGAGAGAGAAAAUCCUGAUGCAGCUCUUAUGGUUCUGAGGUGGUCAGGACGAGAUGGAGUACAGUUGGUUUCACUAGGAGAGGCUGUGACUGCAGUUCGAGUACGAGUGGAGUGUGGACUUCUAUCUGAAGCUUUCAUGUACCAGAGAAUGGUCUCUGCUAAAGUCAUGGAAAAGAAGUUACGAGAUGAACCAUUUCAUGAUGCUUUGCAUGGCCUAAAGGAUGAACACUGUUCUUGGGAUCUGUGGGUGGAAACUUUGGUCUCUGAAAUUUGUUGUCUCUGCAUCAGGAGGAAUUUGGUAGAUCGCAUCAUAGAAUUGCCGUGGAACUCUGAUGAGGAGAGAUAUCUUCAUAAAUGCCUGUUCGAUUUUGCCAUAGAAGAUCCUUCAGCGGUUACUGGAAGUCUUCUUGUUGUUUACUAUUUACAGCGUUAUAGAUACAUUGAGGCAUAUGAAAUUGAUCGGAAGCUUCAAAGCAUGGAGGAGAGUUUCAUUUCUCAAAAUUCUCUCAAUGGAGCUGUGUUAUCCAGGAUCAGAUCAGUAAAUCAUUGGAGAGUGGGUUUGGUUGGCAAGGGAAUUGAGUUGUUGCCAGGUAUCCUUCAGCAUCAAGUAAAGACUGGAAAAUUGCCUGAAGUUGUAAUUCCUAGUAAGGCAAUGGAUAUUUCUGCAAAAUCUGAUGUCCAUGUUUCUCAAGGACCUAUUUUGCCCAGUUUAUUGGCACAUCCCCCUGCUGAUCACGUGGACAAUGCAAUUGUUUCCCCUCAAGCUUCAUUUCUUGAGACUCCUUCAAAAUUUGAACUUUCCAACCAUUCUUCUAUCUUUAAGGUGGUGGGGAGCCAUGGUCCUCCCAGUCAACCUAUACAUUUAUUUGAUGAUGAUGAUGCAGAAAAAGCUGAAACUGGCCUUGUGAAGAGUUUAAAGUUUCAUGAGUUCACACCACGUACUAAUCGUCAUAUUCACUCUCCAAAUGCUGCUGCGUCCUUAUCAACAAUUGAGAGAAGUUCAUCAAGGGUGCCACGCAAUAGCCGCCUUCGUAAUUACCAAACCAACAAAGUUUCAUCUGAGAGAGUGCAGAAGGUAUUCCUCAAUGAAUCCUUAAUUUCUAACAAACAGGGCUUGCUCACAGAUUCUGUUGAAAAUUUGGACAAGAAUGUGUCUGCUAAGCGUGUGCAACCAGACGUGGAUAGAUCGUGGAUUCUGCCUUCAAAUGAUUCCAUGGAUUUCUCGUGGAGCCAUGGGGAGGACAUAAAUGCUAAUGGUGGAUCCAGGUGGAGGUCGGAUGACACCAGUGAGGAUGAAGAUUACACUACACCAGAUAGACUUGCUGGAUUUGCAGCAUCUCAUACUACAAAUUCAAGGGGUGUUAGAAGAGGAAGAUUUUCUAGGAGAUGAGGCAUGUAUGCCUUAGUUCGUAGAAGUUAAAAGUAUCCCUGUUAGGCCAAGGCAUGGAAUCAAUAAACUCUCUACCCGGUAUGGUGUUUCAUUUUGCCCAGCUUGGACUGUUGGAGCUUUUGUUCUCAUGAAACAUUUCACGAUGCAAUGUGCCCUUAAAAGAACGUUCUGAGCCCAAGAUAUACAUAUAUAUAUUUGCAGACACAGAAUAUAUAUCAUAUUUUUUGUAUCUGAUUGUAGCAAUUUGAGGCUAGAUGGUUUUGUAUCAUCAUCUUCUAUUUUCAGAGUUUCAGAAACUUCUCAACCAAAUUCUGUAGAUAGUGUUAAACAGUUAUUAGGCAAAUUAAUGUUCAAUCCUUUUUUGAUGCCAUGUUAUGAAUUACAGAAUAAACCAACUUCCUUGUAGUAUUAAGACAUUCUGAAUCUAGUAACUCUAUUUACUUUC